CCAGCUGCUACUGCCGAUAUGCGGCUGUCCUUACUGCUCCUCGGGGCUUCAUUUGCACUUGCCAGCGCCAGUGCCAUUCCAGGGCAAAAGCACCAUGUCGUCCACGAGCGUCGCAGCACGCUGCCGGCCUCCUUCGACGAGGGUUACCGGUUGGACAAGAACACCGUCCUCCCCGUCCGCAUUGGCCUGGCUCAAUCGAACCUCCACAUUGCCGACGCUCUUCUGAUGGAAGUGUCCGACCAUACCUCCCCUCGUUACGGGAAGUACUACACGGCCGAAGAGGUCCAUGAUAUCUUCGCGCCCUCGACAGAAAGUGUCGACGCCGUGCGCGAAUGGCUGGAGGCAUCGGGCAUCUCUCCCGAUCGAAUCACUCUGUCCGCGAACAAGCAGUGGCUGCAGUUCGACGCGAAGGCGGGCGAACUGGAGGAUUUGCUCAACACCAAGUACCUUGUACACCCGCACGCUGCCACGGGCAAUCUGCGUAUUUCUUGUCGCGAAUAUUCCGUGCCAAAGUCGGUUCGCCGACACAUCGACUACAUCACCCCCGGGGUCAAAUGGCUCGAGGUCGCGCCGCAGGAUGCGAAGACCAAGCGCUCGCUCCAGGGUGGCAGGCAAGCGCCGGUACCCAGGCCGAUCGACGAGCCAAUUGAGCACGUUCAGGCUGCUGACGCCAGCUUGUCCCAGUGCGACAAGUAUAUCACGCCGAAUUGCAUCAAGACAAUGUACCAAAUCCCAGCCGGGAAGAAUGCAACGCCAGGAAAUGAGCUGGGCAUUUUCGAGGAAGGAGACUACUACAGCCAGGAGGAUCUGAACCUCUUCUUCGCGAAUCUCUAUCCCGAGAUUCCAUUGGGAACGCACCCGAUCCCCAACUUGAUCGACGGUGCCAUUGCCCCCGUCCCCGUCGCUGAAGCCGGCGCAGAAUCGAGUCUCGACUUCCAGAUCUCCUACCCCAUCAUCUGGCCGCAGAACUCGGUGCUUUUCCAGACGGAGGACCCGCACUACGCCGCCGAGAACGGCUACCCGGGCUUCCUGAACAACUUCCUCGAUGCCGUCGACGGCUCCUACUGCUCUGAGACCUCGCCUGAGGAUCCCCCGUAUCCCGAUCCAGCACCGGGGGGGUACAAGGGACAGCGCAUGUGCGGCGUCUACAGGCCGACCAACGUCGUCUCCAUUUCCUACGGUGAAGCCGAGGCCGAUCUCCCCAUCUCCUACCAACGUCGCCAGUGCAUGGAGUGGCUCAAGCUCGGUCUCCAGGGCACCUCCGUGCUCGUGUCGUCUGGUGACUCCGGCGUCGCCGGCCGAGGCGGCGAUCCGACGCCUUCCAACUGCCUGGGCGCAAACGGCACCGUCUUCGCGCCCCAAUUCCCGGCUAAUUGUCCUUAUAUCACCGCUGUAGGCGCGACCUACCUGCCCCCCGGCGCGGACGCCCAGAGCGACGCCGAGGUCGCCGUGACUCGAUUCCCCUCCGGCGGCGGUUUCAGCAACAUCUACGCAACAACAGACUACCAGAAGCAGGCGGUGCAGAAGUACUUCGACAUCGCCCAGCCGCCGUAUCCGUACUACAGCGGCGUCGACAACAGCAGCUUCGGUGCAAACGGAGGCAUCUACAACCGCGGCGGCCGUGCCUAUCCGGAUGUCGCGGCCAUCGGUGACAAUGUCGUUAUCUUCGCGCAGGGGAAAGCAGCGAGGAUCGGUGGCACUUCUGCGUCUGCGCCCGCCUUCGCCUCCAUCCUCACUCUGAUCAAUGAGGAGCGUUUAGCAGUGGGACUGCCGACGGUGGGGUUCGUGAAUCCCAUUCUCUAUGCCCAUCCCGAGGUCUUCCAUGAUAUCACCGUGGGGAAUAACUCCGGGUGCGGGACGCCGGGCUUCUAUGCUGCUCCUGGAUGGGAUCCGGUUACUGGUUUGGGGACGCCGGUUUAUCCGAAGUUGUUGGAUUUGUUUAUGGGCCGGCUUUAGAUGAUGCUACCUGCCUCACAACACUUCGUUUUGUAUAGUGUCAUACGAACUAGGGAGAUUUGUAAUAGUAUAUUAGGGAAUGAUACUAGAAACUCGCUCUUCCAAGUUCCCACCUG